GUCAAACGGGCGGGGGUCUCGGAUUGGUCCAGCCGCCGGGACAACACCUGCUCGACUCCUUCAUUCAAGUGACACCAGAGCUUCCAGGGAUAUUUGAGGCACCAUCCCUGCCAUUGCCGGGCACUCGCGGCGCUGCUAACAGCCUGGUCACAUGCUCUCCGGAGAGCUACGGGAGGGCGCUGGGUAACCUCUAUCCGAGCGGCGGCCGCGAGGAGGGAAAAGGCGAGCGAGGAGGAAGAGUGGGAGGAGGAGGGGAAGCAACGAAGGAGGAGGAAGAGGAGGAGGGGAGCACAAAGAAUCCAGGUCUCCGGGCGGGAGGUUGACCGCAAGAACCAUGUGUGCGGAGCGGCUGGGCCAGUUCCUGACCCUGGCUUUGGUGCUGGCUACCUUCGACCCGGCGCGAGGGACCGACGCCACCAAUCCUCCCGAAGGUCCCCAAGACAGGGGCUCCCAGCAGAAAGGCCGUCUGUCCUUGCAAAACACAGCGGAAAUCCAGCACUGUUUGGUCAACGCUGGCGAUGUGGGGUGUGGCGUGUUUGAAUGUUUUGAGAACAACUCUUGUGAGAUUCGGGGCUUACAUGGGAUUUGCAUGACUUUUCUGCACAACGCUGGAAAAUUUGAUGCCCAGGGCAAGUCAUUCAUCAAAGAUGCCUUGAAGUGUAAAGCCCACGCUCUGCGGCACAGAUUCGGCUGCAUCAGCCGCAAGUGCCCGGCCAUCAAGGAGAUGGUGUUCCAGCUACAGCGGGAAUGCUACCUCAAGCACGAUCUGUGCUCUGCCGCGCAGGAGAACACCCGGGUGAUGGUGGAGAUGAUUCACUUCAAGGACUUACUGCUGCACGAACCCUACGUGGACCUGGUGAACCUGCUGCUGACCUGUGGGGAGGAGGUGAAGGAGGCCAUCACUCACAGCGUCCAGGCUCAGUGUGAGCAGAACUGGGGGAGCCUGUGUUCAAUCUUGAGCUUCUGCACCUCAGCCAUCCAGAGGCCGCCCACGGCACCUCCCGAGCGCCAGCUCCAGGGCGACAGGGCCAAGGUCUCCAGGGGCCACCACGGGGAAGCGGGUCACCACCUCUCGGAGCCCAGCAGUCGGGAGACCAGCCGAGGUGCCAAGGGGGAGCGAGGUAGCAAGAGCCACACAAACGCCCACGCCCGGGGCCGAGCGGCCAGCCACGGGGCCCAGGGAACUUCUGGAAGCAGCGAGUGGGAGGAUGAACAGUCUGAGUAUUCCGAUAUCCGGAGGUGAAACGAAAGGCCCGGCCGGGAAAUCUUUCCUCCACGCCGUCCAUUUUCUUCUCUCUGGACAUUCCAAAACAUUUGCCAUUAAAGAGGGGGGAUGUCCCACGCAGGAUGUGAUGGGGAUUGCGGACUUGAUGGAAGUGUAUGUUAGCAGCAUGAAACAGGUGAGGCAGAGGCUUCCUGGGCAGCAGCGAGGGCUCGGCUGUGACCAGUGGGUCCGCGCCUGCACAUCCCGAAGGGAGGGCGCCACCUGUCCUCCUCCCAAGCAACUUUGCCUUCUUUCCAUCUGCGGAACCCCCGCGCGCGCGGGCAGCGGCCUGCGGUUCCCUCUGCUGCGGGAGGGGACGGGAGGGGCGGGGGUGACCCCCGGGGCUGGACCACGCACUUGGUGCUGGGCCCUGCCCGCAGCUUCUGGUGCUGUCUUGGUGGAGGGCAGCUGGAUUCCGGUGCAGGAGUGGGUGUGGAAAGCUACCUGGGAACCAGGAGAAGGGUGGAGAGGAGGCAGGGGCCAUGCGGGUGCCUGGUGCCAAACCGAACUCCAGUUUCUUGCACGGGACCUUGAGGUUUGGAGCAACUUGGGACGGGGAGGGUGAGGGUUCGAAGUGUAAUUUCUGAGCCAUUGUUCUGUCUGGGGGACCCUGUCCGAGGGAGUGGCCCCUGUGUGUUUGUAUUUUAACCACUGCUUCAAAUCUCGAUUUCACUUUUUUUAUUUACCCAGUUACAUCUCCAAGUCUGUCGUCUAAAUAAAUAGCUUUCAAACAAA